AUGCCUCCUAAGCGAAUCCGUUGCACCGCCGCCACUUGCCGCGAGCCUGCUCAGCGCAUCGUUGGCGACUGCACCUUUUGUCAAGGUCACUUCUGUGGCAAGCACCGUCUACUAGAAGACCACAAGUGCACCGGUCUCGAGGAUUGUAAGAAGCAGUCCUACGAGCGCAACGCCAUACAACUUGAGUCGGAGCGAACCCAGGUUAUCCGGGGCGUGUAA